UUGGGCUAUCGACUCCAUUUUAGGUCAACAAGUUUGGGUUCGUUGGCAUCUCCAGUGUCUCAUACAACUUCCACCUUCCUAAACAGUUUGAUUGGAUCACCGUCACUGGUCAGUAUACAGCAGGGAUACAACUCUUCUGAUAUAUCCGAACUGGAGUCCCGGGAGUUGAGGAAAUUAGAUGAACAACGAAUUGAGUCAAUCGGUUCUGUGAAUCGACGGUUGUGUGACUAUGAAGAUGAAAGGACGGCCAUUGGAGAUGAUAUGGCCACAAAUGAACGAAAUGGAGAGUACCUUCUCAGUAUCAUUGAGAAACACGAUCCAUCGUUGGCUAACAAGGUUCGGCGACAUCUCGAGCAUUUUAAAGAACUCUUACGCUUCGAAAUGAAGUUAAGAUGUCUUAUGACUAAGGUGGUAGAACAUAUUCGUAAUGGAGGAGAUCAAACCGAGGCACUCUUGGAGGAGUCACGGCUUCGACGAAGACUCGCUGAUGUAAAUUUCCUUCGACUAACGUACGCUCGCAGAGAAAGGGACCUGGAGUGUGCCAUGUCUCGAUUUUUCGAGGAAGAAGAAAGCAGGCAAUGGCAUUUCUACAAGGACACCAUGAUCCAGUUAAUACAAAGUGAAGAGCAGGUCCGAGACAGCAUUGUCGACUCGAAACGACAUCUCCGAUCACUGCAUUACUCGCGGCCAAAUCUUUGA